UACAUGUAUUUCUAAAUUCAACGUCAUAUUUUAGUCUAGGUUUUGAUUGUGUUAGCUUGCACAUUGUUUUUGUUUGCGAGGAUGUUUUCAGUCGUAAUUAUCAGGGGCGUAUUCAUUACGCAGAUUCUGUUUGAUAACGUUUCUUAAACGGAACGAAACGGGGAGGGACCUGUCUGAAUUUGUCCAAUAGAAACUCUUGUUUUGCUCCCGUUUUGUUCUUAAACGGUAAACUGUUUCCGUAAUGAAUACAUCCCAGCUGUUGCGAGUAGACUAUGGGCAUAGUCUCCUCUAGCUAGCAGAUUGUAACGGGCUAAUGUGACGCUCCAGUAGCUGUUACAGGAUAUGUACUGUUUGGAGAAGCACAGAGCAUUUUCGACCAGCCUUUUUUGGGCCAAACAUGUUUUUUCGCAAAUUCCCGUGUCCAGUUGCAGAUGGUUCGUUUGAAUUUAUAAAAUGCUCCGAUAUUAAAAUUCAUGUUUUGUGCCAAGUGAUCCAACAAUGUGUACGCAGCCAUCUUGUCUAAUUCAAAUAUUCUCUCUCAUUGAUCAAAACAACAGUGUCAUCAUGGCAUGCAGCACUUUGGGGUGGUCAUCCACCUGUCUCAAUAAGGUGAUUUGAUUAAUCUGAACCGGGUAGGCGUUUCGCACCGGGUGAAAGUUGAUUGCGUUCAUUUUGGCACCGGGCUACUCCCUAGCAUGAACAAGGUGCUCUGUUCAAAGCCCACAGUCUGCUCAACACAAACGUGACGUAAUGAGUAGUAUUUUGUGUUUUCUCAUGCAAGAGUGAUUUGCUUUUGAAAAGAAACACUUUAUCUGCCUUCCCAAUGAAUGGAUGUUCCCCAAUGCUGGAAGGGGGCCGGAGUUGAAAAAGUUUGGGAACCAGUGGAGGCUGCUGAGGGGAACGAGGUGGCUGUGGAUUUCAGCGCACAUAUGGGUGCACACAGUGUUGAGAACCAGCUGAGCACUCGCUCAUGUCCGGAUUAUGGAAUCUAUACAACACACCACUAAAACUAUAGAAUACAGGUUGGCCAAGCCUAACUACAGUAAUAGAUGCAUGAAGAGUGUGUCCCUACGCCGAACAGUACCUACCCUGAGCAUCACGUUAGCCCGUUACAGUCUGCUAGCUACCUCUCGUCACCUGGCAUACAGUAUCUUAAAAGUAAUUUCUUUCCUUUCGAAGCUAAUUUGACCUGUUUGGGGAACAAAUGUAAGCAAUAUUUUCAAUAGUUAGAACAAUUGGCAGGCUGCAAUACGGAAAGACCGUGACAAUGUAAAUAUAAUAAUAAUAUGCCAUUUAGCAGACACUUUUAUCCAAAGCGACUUGUGUGUUUACAUUUUACAUAUGGGUGGUCCCGGAAAUCGAACCCACUACCCUGACAUUACAAGUGCCAUGCUCUACCAACUGAGCUACAAAGGACCACUCAAGUACUCACUAACAAUAAUUGGCUGUGAUUGACAGGAAUAUUUUCAAACAUGUCAUAAUUAUCAAUAAAAGCAUAGAGUCUAUGACUUCACUGUGGGGUAGGCUGGAGACAUGCACUCACCAUCAAGGAAGGACUUUGUGUCUUUAACCUUCACUGGAAGUGGCAACUAUAACAGCAAACAGUGGAGAAGACAGUCCUGCUGGAGGAAAUGGAAACAGUUAUCCAGAUUGCAGCGCAACCUCAUCCUCUUCACCGUGGCUCUCAUGUUAGUUUGUGGGAUUGCCACUUACCCCACUGUCAUAGAACACUUCAGAGGCCUUACUGUUGUUGUGAAGGAGGAUGAGGGCCAUGUUCUGAAACCGGUCAUCCCUGAGGUCCUACCUGAGUCGGAUAAACAGAACCAACCACUAGUACCAGAGCCACCUUCAGAGAAGCAGAAGAGGGCACCCCACAAGCGGGGGCCACCCGGCCUGCAGAACCAUCUGCAAAAGAAAGGCACUGGGUCAGAUAUCCAGGUGGAGGAGAAUCAGAUUCAAGAAGCAAAGAAAGCUGACAAAGAAGAGGGAGAGAAGCCACUUGUUAAGCGUGGGGCCUUGAUUGAGGCUAACCAAGCCACUGAAGGAGGAACUGCCAAGGAAGCAGAGAACAGGGUGAAUGUCCCAGCGGUUGAGCAAGAGAACCAAUCACGCGAGCCAGAAUCCGAUAGGCUUGAGGCAGUACGAGAUGCUUUCAGACAUGCAUGGAAGGGAUACAAAGAGUUUGCCUGGGGCCAAGAUGAGCUGAGGCCCAUCUCUAAGUCCUAUGGAGAGUGGUUUGGCCUGGGCUUGACCCUGAUUGAUGCACUGGACACCAUGUGGAUCCUCAACCUCAAAGAAGAGUUUGAGGAGGCUAAGACCUGGGUGUCAACGGAGCUCUCCUUCAAUAAGAACGUUGAUGUGAACCUGUUUGAGAGCACCAUCCGUAUCCUGGGUGGCUUGCUGAGCACUUACCAUCUGACUGGAGACACUCUGUUCCUGGACAAGGCUAAAGAUAUAGGAACGAGGUUAAUGCCUGCCUUCAACACCCCGUCCAAGAUCCCCUACUCAGAUGUGAACAUUGGAAAGGGUACGGCCCACCCCCCUCGAUGGACGUCGGACAGCACUGUUGCUGAGGUCACCAGCAUCCAGCUAGAGUUUAGGGAGCUGAGUCGCCUCACUCAGGACACACGCUACCGGGCUGCAGUGGAUGAGGUCAUGCAAAAAGUCCACAAGCUGGAAGGGAAGCAGGACGGCCUCGUCCCCAUGUUCAUCAAUACCAACAGCGGCCAGUUCACCCAUCUGGGGGUCUUCACCCUGGGCGCACGAGCAGAUAGCUACUACGAAUACCUCCUUAAACAGUGGAUACAGGGAGGCCAGAAGGAGACAGAAUUGCUGGACGAUUACCUGCAGGCCCUAGAGGGAGUGAAGAAGAACCUGCUUAAGAAGUCUUCUCCUAACAGCCUGACCUUCGUAGGGGAGCUGUCCCAUGGUCAGUUCAGCCCCAAAAUGGACCACCUGGUGUGUUUCCUCCCUGGGACCCUGGCUCUAGGGGCCCACCACGGCCUGCCAGCCGAACACAUGGAGCUGGCCAAGCAGCUGAUGGAGACCUGCUACCAGAUGUAUGCCCAGAUGGAGACUGGCUUGAGCCCUGAGAUAGUCCACUUCAACAUGCACGAGGGAAGCAUCAGAGAUGUAGACGUCAAACUUGCAGACAGACACAACCUCCUUCGCCCUGAGACGGUGGAGAGCUUGUUUUAUCUGUACAGGUUCACUAAGGACAGGAAGUACAGAGACUGGGGCUGGGAGAUCCUCCAGAACUUCAACAAGUACACCAAGGUUUCUACUGGUGGCUACACAUCCAUCAACAAUGUUCGGGACCCAGAGUACCCCAGCCCCCGGGACAAGAUGGAGAGUUUCUUCCUGGGGGAGACUCUCAAGUACUUCUACCUGCUGUUCUCAGAUGACCCGGAGCUGGUCAGUCUGGACAAGUAUGUGUUCAACACAGAGGCCCACCCCCUGCCCAUCUGGCCUGCUGAGUGAGCGAUACACCAGCCAAGUCAACGGGAUACAUACACUACCGUUCAGAAGUCUGGGGUCACUUAGAAAUGUCCUUGUUUUUUUAAGAAAAAGCUCCUUUUUUUGUCCAUUAAAUUAACAUCAAAUUGAUCAGAAAUACAGUAUAGCCAUUGUUCAUGUUGUAAAUGACUAUUGUAGCUGGAAACGGCUGAUUUUGUUUUUAUGGAAUAUCUACAUAGGAGUACAGAGGCCCAUUACCUGCAACCAUCACUCCUGUUUUCCAAUGGCACGUUGUGUUGGCUAAUCCAAGUUUAUAAUUUAAAGGGCUAAUUGAGCAUUAGAAAACCCUUUUGCAAUUAUAUUAGCACAGCUGAAAACUGUUCUGAUUUUAAAAAAGCAAUACAACUGGCCUUUAGACUAGUUGAGUAUCUGGAGCAUCAGCAUUUGUGGGUUUGAUUACAGGCUCAAACUGGCCAGAAACUGCCUAGAAGGCCUGCAUCCCAGAGUCGCCUCUUCACUGUUGGCGUUGAGACUGGUGUUUUGCGGGUACUAUUUAAUGAAACUGCAAUUGAGGACUUGUGAGGCAUCUAUUUCUCAAACUAGACACUCACAUGUACUUGUCCUCUUGCUCAGUUGUGCACCGGGGCCUCCCACUCCUCUUUCUAUUCUGGUUAGAGCCAGUUUGCGCUGUUCUGUGAAGGUAGUAGUACACCGUGUUGUGCGAGAUCUUUAGUUUCUUGGCAGUUUCUCGCGUGGAAUAGCCUUCAUUUCUCAGAACAAGAAUGGACUGAUGAGUUUCAGAAGAAAGUUUUGUUUCUGGCCAUUUUGAGCCUGUAAUCGAACCAUGAAUGCUCAACUAGUCUAAAGAAGGUCAGGUUUAUUGCUUCUUUAAUAAGCAAAACAUUUUUAUAGCUGUUCUAACAUAAUUGCAAAAGAGUUUUCUAAUGAUCAAUUAGCCUUUUAAAAUUUGAAACUUGGCACGUUGUUAGCUAAUCCAUUGGAACACAAGGGUGAUGGUGUUGCUGAUAAUGGGCCUCUGUACACCUAUGUAGAUAUUUCAUAAAAUAUCAGCCAUUUCCAGUUACAAUAGUAAUUUACAACAUUAACAAUGUCUACACUGUUUUUCUGAUCAAUUUGAUGUUAUUUUAAUGGACAAAAAAUGUGCUGUUAUUUUAAAAAAACAAGGACAUUUCUAAGUGACCCCAGACUUCUGAACGGUAGUGUAGAUACAGAAAUACAUCACAGCUCAGGGCUUGGCUAACACCAAGAUUUCUCAUUUUGAUAUCUGACUCAAGUUUGGGUUGGUUUACCCUCUCCCAACUCCACAACUCUGGAAAAAUGGCAAUUUUUUAAAAAGCCGGAUUUUAAUUUGUUCGUUAAAUGAUUGUAAUAGCCAUGGUGGAAUGACAGCAGGGUGAGAUUGAGGCACGACAGCCUUGAUAUUUAUUUAAAAUGUUCUCUGUUCUCACUACAUUGCUGGUGCGGAGUCUGUUUGUCCUCUGAUAAUGAGUUGUUUACUCUGAAGGAAGAGUGGAAAUCAUGAGCCAGCCAACCUGUGUAGUUGGCUCAUUGUGGUUAUUUCGUCCACCAACACUAGAGAAUGAGAUCAGUGUGACUGAACUCCAAGCUGUCUUGGUCAGAGGCAGCAGAAGCCCGAGAGGAAGUGGAGGUGACACAAUACUGGGCUUUACAGGAAAUGACAUAGCAUUGGGAUGAAACUUCCUGUGUCCCUGGAUCAUGUCACUCUCCAGUUUCUCAAUCACAUUCUUAAGAAAUGAUUUAUAUAAAAAAUUAUUUAAGGUAAAAUCAUGUCAGGCAUAGAACAAUCUAGUUUACUUGCAUACUGUGCACCUUUUUGUGUAUGGGGACAACAAGCACUUAUUGUUGAAUUUCCUUGUUUGACUGACUCCGCUGCUAUUAUCUUUAAACAAUGUCAGUUUUCCUAUUUUUCCUUAUCAUUUGUCAUCAUUCCUGUUGUGUGGUGUCAAAUUAGGGCAAGCCAGUGUGAACACUUGGGUAGUUUAGUUAUACUAAUGUAUUUGUGAGAUUAAGCUGAAUUGAGUUCACAUAAUUUGAAUUGAUUUGUAGUGUGUAAUACUAUAUCUGGAUAGACUGAAUUGUAAAUGUGGUUUAUGCCACAAACUGGAGUAGCAGUAGAACUGGUCCUGGUUUCCUAAAAGCAUGUUACGGCUAAGUUCAUCGUUAAAACCAAAGGAUCCUAAGGAUGAACUUAGCCUUAAGAUGCUUUUGGGAAACGGGGCCCUGGGCUGUAGAUCCUAUACUUCACCAUCAUUCCUGUAAAUAGCUAUAUUGAAUGUUAUGAUGUACACUUUCACUCAGAUGAUUCUAUUUGUAGUGGUAUUUUAAGUUCGUAUUGAGACCAAACUCAACAUCCUAAGUGUGAAAUGUAGUUUUCUUCCCUAUUUCAAUGUUCAACUCUCCCCUCCUUUAGUGUUGUUUCACUUGUGCCUUCAACGUUGCUCUGGACAACAUUAUGAAGCUAUUUGGACAUAUUCAUAAAUUGUUUUGUUAUUGCAAUGUACAUAGUUGAUGUGAAUAGUUGUGCAAAGAUGUGUAUUUGUUACAUAAUCAGUGUGAUUUUGAAAUAAGGAGUGUCAUUUUCCAACCAUUUGCUGGGUAUACUUCCAUAACUCUCAAACUGUGCAUAGACUUACAGUAUAUAUCAUGAAACUAAGGGCUCUGCUUCCGAUCCCUUUUUCACGUCUCUGAUCGAUUAAUAUACUGCUGCUCAUUUCUGAUUCCUUUUUUAAAAAUCCUUCAGAUGGAUCCUAAACUUUUCUACACCAAAGAUAUCCUAGUUAUUAAAAUAACUGGAAUCUGGAAUUAUCUACAUUCAUCAUUCUGUUAAGAAUGACAAAAUAAGCCAUUUCCCUAUUUUAUAACAAUGUAAAUGAAAUGCUAGUGGAAGAUUUUGAUACAGCAUCUGAAGUCAGCUGCUGCCUGCUCUGCUAACCAAGGUCAGAGAGAUUCAUGGUUAAGGGCUGGAUUCAAUCCGUAUCGCGGAAGAUCCGUUUUAUAGCACGAUAGAAAUUUAAAGGCAAUGUUCCCGCAUUCGCGUAAUCGCUGCAUGCCGGCUUAAUCGCAAAUGACCUUUACAUUUUAGCACGAAUCUGCCACGAUAUGGAUUAAAUCCAGCUGCUCUGACUCACUCGGCCCACAAGCUGUGGAGAACUAUUUUAUUUCAAACCACUAAUACCAUAUGAAAUAAGCCUACCCAACUGGGACCUCAAGGGAAAAUAAGGCCUAGAUUCAAUCAGAUUGUGUUAACCGGCGAUAGCCAACAUCACCAUAACUGAUGUUUUGGCAUGUCAGAGGUGUCAAAUUGGUGAGUAGCUGCCUUGAUCAUUGUCACAAAGCCACACCCGUCCUACUCCUGUUAGAAAUUCAGACCGAGAAAGUGUAGGCUAUAAAGAAACACUGAAAUUGAAAAUCAUUUAACAAAAUGAGGAUUUCUAGCAGCCUAAUGGAGGUGUAGAUUACAUCUCACAUUCCAGUGUUUCAACUUGUAAACACGGCUAUAUGGGCUUUCACUUAAUGCGACGUCCGAUUUAAGUAUAAUGCCAGGAGCCGCUUGUGGAUAUGACAGCUCUAGUGCAGUUCCACUUCUGACACCACCUAUGCUGAUGUCGGCUAAAGCGGAUCUGAUAUAAUCAAUUAUUUUUAUUGCAAUCAAUGUCAAAUUGGUGAGAAUCUGCAUUUCAAUGAAACUAUGCGCCUGUGUCAUUUGCAAUACUGUGUAUGUUGGGACACCCUGUGUUAUGACCCUGCAACAUCAGUGACUCAGCUGGAAAGAAGUACACCCAUGUUGACUGAACUGGUUUUCAACUUGGGAAUGAACAUGCUAAAACCAAGAGCUGGGGGCUAAUGGGACCAGUGUUUGGUUCUGGGUCUAUAAAACUGUCUAAAUCAUGAACUUACAAAAUGUGCCACAAUGUCACUUGGUUUACAAUAAAACUAUGGACCUGCUUUAAAUUUGUAUAAAUGUCAAGAUUAAAAUACUUUAUUGAACAACCUU